AUGCCCUUCGGACUCCAUUCCGCCGGAGAGACCUUUCAACGCCUCCUGGACAAGGUCAUCAAUCUGGAGCUCGAGCCGAAGGUGUUCGUCUCGUUGUGGUGUCCACCACGUUUACUGAGACAAAAUUUACAGGAACCGUCGGCCGCGAACGCAAUUCGCCGAGACCGGAAAGACGACGCAUCAAGGCUAACCACGACGAACGAGGGCCAAUCGGGCCUGGUGCGGUUUAUGGAGAUUGCUAGACUAAAUGACUUAAAAAUGGGCACUAUUGUGACAUAUACAAAGUCCAUCUUCGCACGUCAUGGUGUACCUGAGACAGUGAGAGCAGACUGUGGUUCUCAAUUUGACUGCUGUCAAUUCAAACAACUUGGUCAUGAUUAUGGAUUUAAAUUGAUUACAUCAAGCCCAAAAUUUCCAAAAAGCAACGGCUUCAUCGAAGCGCAAGUAAAAAACUUAAAGUACCACUUAGACAAACGUGAUGAUCCCCACAAAAUGCUACUUAUGUUAAGAGCAACCCCUCCAGAAAAUGGGAAAAGUCCAGCGGAAUUACUUUUCGGGAGAAGGAUCCGUACUUAUGUUCCAAUAAUGUCUGAUCAACUAAGACCCUAUCUGGUAGAUCCUGAAAAGUUGAGGGAAAAGGAAGAAGCAAGAAUUGAUCGUCAAAAGAUUUAUUUUGACAAAAGACAUAGAGCCACAGAAUUGCCUACUCUACCUGAUGGAGCUCAAGUCCACAUAAAGGACAGGAAUCAAGAAGCAACUAUAUUAAACAAACACCAUGCACCUCGAUCCUAUAUAAUUCAAACGCAAGAUGGUUGUUUGCGGAGGAACAGAAGAUCACUGCAAAGAUUUAGCAUUACUAUGCCUUCUGAGCACUCUCAACCAGCACUGCAGACCAGUCCGUCAGAACACCUGAGAAGAUCAGAACCUUUCGAUCAUCCUGCAAUGGCAUCGCAGGCAAAUCCUUUAGCGAAUCUAAGAAGAUCAACGAGACAAUUCAAACCUACCCGGAGGUUAGAUCUUUAA